CAUCAGCCUGGUCACAGCAACGCCGCCCACUCACGUGCCCUCACCGAGCUGACGGCCCUGCACCCCAUCCCCUCCCUGGUGCAGCUCUCAGCCCUGCCCCCUGCACCCCCCCCGGCCCCCCUGCCGCUCGCCGGCCUGCAGAGCCCGCUCCUGCCCCCGCAGUACCACCCCCACCCCUUCCUCAACAGCGUCUACAUUGGCACCUCCGGCUCCCUUAGCCUCUUCCCCAGCAGCCGCCUCAAGCGCCGGCCCAGCCACCUGGAGCACGAGCUCAUGGAUGGGCACCACCCAAAAGUCGCCCGCCGCGUGUUUCACAACACGGAGCGUUGGCGGCAGCAGAACGUGAACGGGGCCUUCGCGGAUGCGAAGCUGAUCCGACCCCCCCCCGACAAGAAACUGAGCAAGAACGAAAUCCUCGCGCUGGCCAUGAAAUACAUCAACUUCCUGGGGCAGCUGCUGCGACAGAGCCUCGGACCCGGACCCGGCCCCCGAGCCCGCCUCGCCCACACGGCCCGGCCCGCCCGAGACCCGCCCGCUGCCCGCCCCCGCCCAUCAAACGGAGCGCAGGACUCCUGGGGGCCGCGGCCGGCGGGGAGGCCCGGUGAUGAUUGCCCCCCCGAUUUGGGGGGUGACUCUGGACUGGGAGGGGGCGCCCCACAAUUGCAAGGGGGCUCAGGCCUCCGCCCGCCCCGUGUCGAAGGGCGGGACAUUUGCGGAGCCGCCCCUGUGAUGAAGUUCGUCGGUCUCAGCUGCUCCUGGGGCCCUGAGGAGAAGUGUCGGCGCUGGGUGGAAAUGGGGGCGGGGCGCUGA